UCUCUACCUCCCUCCCUCUUCCUACCAAUCAAAAACCAUGUCCGACGAUAAGGAGAACAACUUCGUUAGGAUGACCAGAGCAGCCACCAAAAGAAAAGCUUCCAUGGCCGCUCUUAUAGACGAGGACCGUCUCAGCAAGAAGAGAGUUGUCCUCGGUGAACUUCCCCACCUCUCAAACCUCUCUACGAUUCCAAAACAAACAAAAACCCCCAGAAAACCCGUCAGGAAGCAGAAGAAAGUUGCAGCAAAGCCAAAGGAACCAAUCUCCGACAUCGACACUAGAUCCGAUGAUCCCCAGAUGUGUGCUCCUUAUGUUGUCGGAAUCUUCGAUUAUCUCCGUCAUUUAGAGGUGAAGGAAAAGUCAAGGCCUUUGAUUGAUUAUAUUGAAAAGGUGCAGAAAGAUGUAACACCUAAUAUGAGAGGAGUUUUGGUUGAUUGGUUAGUUGAAGUUGCCGAAGAGUACAAACUUCUCUCCGACACUCUUUACCUCGCUGUCUCCUACAUUGACAGAUUCUUGUCUCUUAAGACCGUCAACAGGCAAAAGCUUCAGCUUUUGGGAGUUUCCGCUAUGCUUAUUGCCUCGAAGUAUGAAGAGAUAACUCCUCCGAAUGUGGAAGACUUUUGUUACAUUACAGACAAUACUUACACUAAACAAGAGAUUGUGAAGAUGGAAGCUGAUAUACUUCUUGCUCUGCAGUUUGAAUUAGGAAACCCCACAAGCAUUACUUUUCUGAGACGGUUCACAAGAGUUGCGCAAGAAGAUUUCCAAAUGUCACAUUUACAAAUGGAGUUUCUCUGUAGCUAUCUUUCGGAGCUAAGCAUGUUAGACUAUAACAGUGUGAAGUUUCUUCCAUCUGUUGUGGCUGCUUCAGCGGUAUAUCUUGCAAGAUUCAUCAUCCGUCCGAAGCAACAUCCCUGGAGUGUAAUGUUGGAAGAAUACACGAGAUACAAAGCGGGUGAUCUCAAAGAAUGUGUGCGUAUGAUACAUGACUUGUAUCUGAGCAGAAAAGGAGAAGCUUUACAAGCUGUUAGAGAGAAAUACAAGCAGCAUAAGUUCAAGUGUGUUGCGACUAUGCCUGUAUCGCCAGAGCUUCCUCUUACCUUCUUUGAAGAUGUCAACAUUUAGAGAGAGAGCUUUGUUCAUUGGCAAAGAUUCGUUCAAAACCAGGAGAAGCAGUUCCUUGGUGUUUUGGGUUGUACAUGUCUUAGGACUACUUUUAGUUGGAUUAAAGACCUCAACUUAUGUUUAAAGAUUUUUGUUUAUGUAAUUUGGAAUGUUUUGGUUGUGUUAAAAAAAUU